ACAAGUCUUGAUGAAACUUAAACGCUCUUUGCCCGAGACCACAACAGCAACUCCUUCUACAAUGGGUUCUGAGAUCAAGCCCCCUGCCUCAGGCAUCCUGACCAGCCCUGAUCGUCUCCGCAAGAUUGAUCAGUUGCGUGAAAAGAACAUCGAUGUCAUCUUGCCGUUGCCUACACUGGUUGCGGUCGGUGACCAAAGCUCUGGCAAGUCUUCCUUGCUCGAGAGCGUCACUGGCAUUCCGUUCCCUCGCGGCCAGGAACUCUGCACCCGUUAUGCAACUCAAAUCACCCACCGCCGCGAUCCUGAGGUGCAGAUUAUCAUCACCAUCAUCCCUGCCCCUCAGAGUACCGAAGCGGAAAAGGCCACCCUCAGGUCUUACCGCAAGGAGCUUUCCUCGACCACCGAGCUCCGUGACCAGUUUGCCAAGAUUCUUGAUGAGGUCAACGUCUAUAUGAAGAUCAAGACAGACAAGAACCCUGAAGGAGAGAAGACCUUUUCUAGGGACAUCUUGAAGAUUGAGAAAUGCGGCCCCACUGAGGACUAUCUCACCGUCAUCGACGUUCCCGGCAUCUUCCGCCUGACCUCCAAAGGACAAACAACAGAGAGUGAUCGCAACCUUGUUCGAGACAUGGUCACCGGCUUUAUCAAGGACAAACGGACCAUCAUCCUUGCCGUCUUGCCUGCCAAUGUGGAUGUGAUGACGCAGGAGAUCCUGGCUCUGGCCGAACAAUACGACCCGGAUGGAGAGCGCACCCUCGGUGUCCUCACCAAGCCUGAUUUGGUCAUUGAGCGCAGUGCCAAAGAGGCGGUUUGCAACCUCGUCACGGGAAGGAAGAAAGCCCUCAACCUUGGCUACUACCUUGUCAAGAACCGUGGAGGUGAUGACGACGAUGACUCUAAAGAUGACUCGGGUAUUCGCCGGAAAGAAAGAGAUCUCUUCCAGCAGAGUCCUUGGUGUAACUUGCCGCAAGAGCGCGUGGGAGUUGCAGCACUUCGUGAGAGGCUCCAGGAUCUUCUGGGUGAGAUCACGGACAAGGCGUAUCCUGAGCUUCGUUCUGAAGCGCGCAAGAAGCUCGCCGAGGCUCGGGAACAACAAGAUGCGCUUGGCCCUCCGCGACAGACGGAGCGCGAGCAACAGCAGUAUCUUGCUCAGAUCGCAGCCAAAUUCCAGCAAAUCGUUCGUGCAGCUCUCGAAGCCAACUACUCCACUCAUUCAGCGUUUGAUGAGCAUGGCUUGAGGCUGAUUUCUCAGGUAGUAACCGUCAUAGACAUUUUCAACAGGCAGAUGAGACAAAAGGGCCACACAUACUCCUUUGGAAAGAUUGAUACAGGGGAGUGGGGUAGUUCAGACAACAAAGCGGAUGACAGUGAAGAAGAAGAAAAUGCUUCAGAGCACGGUACAGAGCAGAACAUCGCAACCAACGCGAAGGAAGUUCGCCGAGCAUUUCCGGAGUUGGAGAGCAUUAUUCACAUGGUGGAGGAACCGAGUGCUGAAUUCACCGUCCAGCAAGACAACAGUAAUUGGAUCCGGAACAUGUACCAUGAAUCUCGUGGUGUCGAACUCGGCACCUUCAGCCCCAUUGUUCUCGCUAGCGCUUUCCGGGAGCAAACUACCAAAUGGAGCCUAAUGACGGAGCACCAUCUCAGCGAUAUAAUCCUGAGCAUUCACAAGUUUAUCAUUAGCAUCCUCAAGAUUGUUUGCUCGGAUAGCAAGCUCUUUGAGGCGAUCAAGUCCAUCCUCAUGGAUGAUUUACUGGCGAGGUACGCGAAGGGCAUGGACUAUGCCAAGUUUUUGGUCCAGGUGGAACGCGAGAAGAAGCCCUACACCGUCAACCACUACUUCAGCAGCAACCUCCAGAAAGCUCGCGGGGAUCGGGUCGCCGAGGCCCUGCAGAACAAGCGUUACUAUGAUAGCAACUGUGUGAGUGUCGAAUAUGCGGUCAAAUUCGAACACGUCAGUACGGCCAUCACCAACAAAAGCAACGAGCAGCAUGCCCAAGAUGACAUCCACGACAUCCUCAAGAGCUACUACAAAGUGUCCCGCAAGCGCUUUGUCGACAACGUGUGGCUCUAUGCGGUUGAUCAUCACUUGCUCUCUGGACCCAACAGUCCCUUGACGCUCUUUUCGGAACAGUGGGUGUUGGGAUUGGAUGAGGACUCGUUAAAUGCUAUUGCGGGCGAGUCCCGCACUACCAGAGACAAGCGAAAGGAGUUGACCAAGAAGAUUGCUGAUUUGGAGGAGGCGUUGAGGAUUUUGAAGUAGAUGGUGUUAAUACUGCUUUU